CGCGCGCCGUCAAAAUGGAUUAUCGCUUGGGACUCGCGUUCAUUUACCUACUUGUAUUUAUACAGGUUAUACAGUUGCAGGCUGAGCGCCGCGAGCCCAAUGUGGAGUUGAAUUCCUUUCAACCAAUGUCCGAAUAUGAUAAUUCGUGGAUAGCUUGGGAUACUUUGCGUUUAAAGAAGAUAUCACGAUCGCAAUUGGGUCUUACAGGGGACGUGGAAUGCAAACAUAAUUUGGGUAAUGAACAAAAGAUUGAAUCGCAAAUAUACAAAUACGAUCGCGAAAGUAAACGACGUGGUCCGAUUGUGUUUCAAUUUCAAAAGCCCUUCUGCCAAUUUGUAGAGACUCUUAAGAGCACCUACGAUGGUAUGGUGAAAUCGUCGAACUUACCGGAGGAUUUUACAUGUCCCUUCCCAAAGGGUACUUAUACGUACAAAGACUAUAUUUUGGAGACCGAUUUUCUGGGGGACGAUAUACCAGGCGGCGAUUAUCUGAUGACUUUCGUUUUGAAAAAUGGCGAGAAAGCCGUCGGUGGUCUAGAAGCGGAUCUUACAAUUUCAUAUUAACAAAAUGAGUACAUGUUGUGAAUAUAUGUAUAUAAAUAUGUAUAAAUAUUUAGUAUUAGUCAAUAUAUAGUAUAAUUUUCUCUGCUGCUGAACGAAUAAGUUGAUAAAAAUAUAAGCAA